CAGGGGUGGACUGACCAUUUGGAAACCCGAGCACUGCCCGAGGGCCUGGGGUCAGUAGGGGGCCCCAUGAGAUGCCCCUGGUACCUUUUUCAUAGGCUUUUUUGAGUUUGGGCAAGGACACAGGGGCCCCAUGAUCCCCUAUUGCCCGGGGGCCCCAUGAGUUGUCAGUCCGCCCCUGCUCCCCUCCCUCCUAGAUUAUGUCUAUGCAAGUUGCACCUGAAAUCACAAAAAACAGUGCAGGAACUUUUUUUUUCCAAAUCA